AUUCAGACACAAACUCAACACUUUGUCGCUCCUCUUUUAUUUUAGGUUCACAGACCCGGAAGCAGAACGCUUUGGGAGGUCCGACAUCCCCACGAGCCGGAGGUCAGCGUCUCUCUUUCAGCCAUCUUGGAUCCGAGCUCCUGACACACAAUGCCUGGUGAAGCCACAGAAACCGUUCCAGCAACGGAACAAGAGAUGCAUCAGCCUCAGGCUGAGACAGCCUCGGGGGAAGUUAGCGGCUCCCCUGCCCCAGUGAUGGAAGCAACAGAAACGACUAAAGAGGCCUCCACAGAGAGCCCUCCUGAGGUGGAGAGCCCUGAGGUGGCGAGCGAGGCUCCCCAGACUGAGGCCGAUUCAGGCCCUGCUGCCCUGGCUCUGACUGCCCAGGAGCCUUCAGCCUCGGGGGAAGUGAGCAGCUCCCCUGCCCCAGUGACGGAAGCAACAGAAACGACUAAAGAGGCCGCCACAGAGAGCCCUCCUGAGGGGGCCAACCCUGAGGUGGCGAGCGAGGCUUCCCAGACUGAGGCCGAUUCAGGGCCUGCUGCCCCGGCUCUGACUGCCCAGGAGCCUUCAGCUCCGGCUCAGCCUGCAGCGCCCCCUGCUGCUGCUGAUGCUGCAGCACCUAUGGUCACUGAUGAUGCAGAGACGGAGCCAGAAAAAGCUCCGUCUUCUGCCCCCCCUCCAGCCCCCAAACCUGCCCCAGCUCCUACAUCUACUCCUCCUCCUCCUCCUGCUGCUGUUGCUGCUGUCGUGGAUGACGAUGAAGACCUGCCACCCCUUAUUCCCCCCGAAGAGCCAACCCCCGAGAUUGACUUCCAGCCCCCCAUCCUGGUAGAGAUGCCCAAAGCUGCUGCUCCUGCCACCCCCAAACCAGCCCCGGUUAAAGCUCCCGCCAAGCAGGAGCCUGUGAUCAAGAAUGACAAGGGGUCUGGCACGGAGUCCGACAGUGACGAAUCGGUGCCUGAUCUUGAGGAACAGGACUCCGCACACACGCAGCAGGCACAGCUUGCUGCAGCUGCCGAAAUUGACGAAGAACCAGUCAGCAAAGCAAAACAGAGCCGAAGUGAAAAGAAAGCACGGAAGGCCAUGUCCAAACUGGGGCUUCGCCAAGUCACAGGGGUAACCAGGGUCACUAUCAGGAAAUCAAAGAACAUCCUGUUUGUCAUCACGAAACCAGACGUCUACAAGAGUCCCGCGUCGGACACCUACAUCGUGUUCGGAGAGGCCAAGAUUGAAGAUCUCUCCCAGCAGGCACAGCUGGCAGCCGCAGAGAAAUUCAAGGUCCAGGGAGAAGCAGUUUCAAACAUCCAAGAAAACACACAGACUCCUACCGUACAGGAGGAGAGCGAAGAGGAAGAGAUUGACGAGACCGGUGUUGAGAUCAAGGACAUCGAGCUGGUAAUGUCGCAGGCGAACGUGUCUCGAGCGAAGGCUGUCCGGGCACUAAAGAACAACAACAACGAUAUUGUUAAUGCUAUUAUGGAGUUGACGAUGUAAACAUCUGAGAAGGAGAGAGAGCUGUGGGUUAUUUGAGGUCUUGCUGUUGUAGCUACAAAUAACAUUUGUACAAUUUAUACUGAGGCGAUUUAAAUAAAGUUGUGGAAUGAUGAGAUGGAA